AUGGUGGGCUUGGACGUGCUGGUGACCCACAUCACUAGGGUGGGGGGCGUGGACGUGCCUACAUCACUAGGGAUGGUGGGCUUGGACGUGCUGGUGACCCACAUCACUAGGGUGGGGGGCGUGGACGUGCCUACAUCACUAGGGAUGGUGGGCUUGGACGUGCUGGUGACCCACAUCACUAGGGUGGGGGGCGUGGACGUGCCUACAUCACUAGGGAUGGUGGGCGUGGACGUGCCCACAUCACUAGGCUUCCCGCUGGAACGCAUUUUCCCGCUAGAACGCAUCCUCCGGCUAGAACGCAUCUUCCCACUAGAACGUAUCUUCCCGCUAGAACGCAUCCUCCAGCUAGAACGCAUCUUUCCGCUAGACCGCAUCCUCCCGCUAGAACGCAUCCUCCCGCUAGAACGCAUCCUCCCGGUAGAACGCAUCCUCCCACUAGAACGCAUCCUCCCACUAGAACGCAUCCUCCCGCUAGAACUCAUCCUCCCACUAGAACGCAUCCUCCCGCUAGAACUCAUCCUCCCACUAGAACGCAUCCUCCCGCUAGAACGCAUCCUCUUACUAGAACGCAUCCUCCCGCUAGAACUCAUCCUCCCACUAGAACGCAUCCUCCCACUAAAACACAUCCUCCCGCUAGAACGCAUUCUCCCGCUAGAACGCAUCUUUCCCCUAGAACGUAUCUUCCCGCUAGAACGCAUCUUCCCGCUAGAACGCAUCUUCCCGCUAGAACGAUUCCUCCCGCUAGAACGAUUCCUCCCGCUAGAACGCAUCCUCCCGCUAGAACGCAUCCUCCCACUAGAACGCAUCCUCCCGCUAGAACGCAUCCUCCCUCUAGAACGCAUCUUCCCGCUAAAACGCAUCCUCCCGCUAGAACGCAUCCUCCCGCUAGAACGCAUCUUCCCGCUAGAACGCAUCUUCCCGCUAGAACGCAUCCUCCCGCUAGAACGCAUCCUCCCGCUAGAACGCAUCCUCCCACUAGAACGCAUCCUCCCGCUAGAACGCAUCCUCCCGCUAGAACGCAUCCUCCCGCUAGAACGCAUCCUCCCGCUAGAACGCAUCCUCCCGCUAGAACGCAUCCUCCCGCUAGAACGCAUCUGA